AUGAAAAAUUACUUUUGUAAAUAUCAAACUACAUUAUUACAUUCUUUUUUAAUCAUAGUUAUGCUAGAGAUAAUUACUGGAUCGAUGGGAAAUUUGUACUUAGCCAGUAAUGCUGGUCAAUUGAAAAACUCCAAAACUCCAACAUUCUGGUUGGUACAAGAAAGUGAAGAAUAUUUAUAUUUUCAAUGGAUUCCAUUUGAAAGAGAAUAUUAUGGUGCUUUGAAACUUCAACUAGAUGAACAGAGUAUUUCACGAGAUAUGAGAGAUGAUAUGAAAGCAGCUAAAUUAAGAAGUCUUGCUCCAGCAUGUCAAUUUCAACAUUAUUCUAUCACACAAUCAAAAGGACGAAAAGUGUUAGGUUAUUAUGAUGUAGAAUCUAGGAAACUAAGUUACAAACGAAGUGAGUUUAAUUGUUUUUUUCCUCAAAAACAUGAACAGAUAUGA